UUCUCUUCUACUUCUUCCGAUUAACACGAACCAUGGUCAAAGGAUCAACACUAUCGGUGAUCGCAGCUGCUUGGCUAACUGUUGUCAAUGCAUUCCCGACGUCCUACGAUCAUACCAGCAACCACAUUAAUAACGACAGUGAACUCCUCGCGCCACUUUACGUACCAUCGGAUGCCGAAGCCAUUUCCGACUCGUACAUUGUCAUUCUCAAAGACCACGUGGACUCGACCCAGGCCCUGGGCUACCACUGUCAAUGGGUCAGCAACUCGCUUGUCAAGCGUGACCGAACGAUGAGCGACUACUAUCUGGACUCCAACGUGGCCUUGGGUAUCAAGCAUACAUACGACUCCCCCGGCUGGCGAGGAUAUAGUGGAAAAUUCAGUCUUGAAAUGUUGGAGUAUAUCCGUAGCUCACCGGAUGUAGCCUAUGUGGAGCGUGAUACCAUGGUGUAUGCAUCUGAGCUCCAGCGCAAUGCACCCUGGGGUCUUGCACGAAUUUCCCACCGUGAUGAGCUCAACUUGCGCUCUUUUAACAAGUAUCCUUAUGAGGCCAAUGGCGGCCAAGAUAUCAAAGUGUUUGUCAUCGAUACCGGCAUCAAUGUGCUCCACAAUGACUUUAAUGGUCGUGCCAAGUGGGGUGUCACCAUUCCGGAUGGCGACGACGACGAGGACGGCAAUGGCCAUGGAUCGCAUUGUGCAGGCACUAUUGCAGGCAAGCGGUUCGGUGUAGCUAAAAAGGCGAUGCCUGUUGCCGUCAAGGUGCUCAGAUCCAAUGGCUCGGGAAGCAUGUCCGGCGUACUGGCUGGUGUCAACUGGGCUACCGAGCAACAUCAGAUCGAUGCAAGCGAAGCUAAAGCUGCUGGAAAGGCGUACAAGGGAGCUGUUGCAAACAUGAGUUUGGGUGGUGGCAAGUCAAAUGCAUUGAACAAGGCUGUGAAUGAGGCGGUCAAUGCGGGCAUCAUCUUUUCUGUGGCUGCAGGCAACGAUAACAGGGACGCUUGCAACUAUUCACCUGCAGGUGCCGAGAAUGCCAUCACCGUCGGUGCAUCCAAUAUCCGUGAUGAACGUGCAUCUUUCUCGAACUUUGGUCCGUGUGUCGACGUGUUUGCACCUGGUGAAAAUAUUCUGAGCAUCUGGCGUGGCAGUAAGGAUGCAACCAAUUCCAUCAGUGGCACCAGCAUGGCAGCACCGCAUGUAGCUGGUCUCGCAGCUUACUUUGCCAGUUUGGAAGAAGCGCCGGUUUCUCCCAAAAAAAUCAAGGAAAAGAUUCUCGAACUGGCUUCCAAAGACAAGCUGUCCAAUAUUCCAAAGGAAACUCCAAACCUUCUCAUUUUCAAUGAUCCACCCAAAUCGCUCUUUUAAACUUCCUGUUUUAUUG